CAAUGUUCCAAAUUAUGGUUUUAAUUUUCUAUUUCCAUGGAAAGAAGUAAUGGUUUUCUUUUGGGGAUUAAGUUAAUCUAGCACUAAUUGAGCAUCCUUGUGUUUGUCUUAUCCUUAAGCCUGUGAGUAUCUGAAGACUUCUUUAUUGUUUGCUGGGCCCAUGACUCUUGUUCUGUUUCGGGAUAUUGCUCAUAGCUGCAACAUGCCUUCUGGAGUGUUAAUGGCCCUCACUGCGUGUUUGGUGGAGCCACAUUUCAUUCCAAUGUCUUCAGAAAGAACGAAGGGCAACUGUUCUGGUCCUGGCAUUUGACCCACCCAACAUCCGGGUUCCUAAAUUAGCUCGAUUGUGAUUGGUGGAGAGAGCUCAGGUUUCCAGUGGAGGUGGAUGAUCGAUAGCAUGUAAUCGUUAGAACAGUGUGUUUUGUAUGGCCUGCUGUUGUGAGGUCUAACUGCUGUUUUGUCUGUGAACAGGGUCUAAAGAUCGAUAUUGGCCAAAAUGUCUGAGGGAAAGAAAAUGACCUCAAGUCGCAGACAUCAUCUGAAAAGCUUGAUGCUGCAGAUCGCGGCUGGCUGGCUCGAGCAGGAGAAGAAGGACAUAGCUGCAGCGAAAGAGGCCUAUAUCAAUGAGAACUGCCCUUCCCCAGACCUGAGCGGAGACCAGGCGGCCCUUAUGGAAAUCUGCAAGAAGAUUUAUGCUCAAAUUGACAAAAUUGACGAUCAGAGGUAUGACGCUGAGGCCAAAGUGCAGAAGACUGACAAAGAGAUUGAGGACUUGAAGUUGAAGGUGGUGGAGUUGGCUGGAGUGAAAAAGCCCGCUCUGAAGAAAGUGCGUAUGUCCGCUGACGCCAUGCUGCAGGCUCUGCUCGGUGGAAAACACAAGGUCACUAUGGAUUUGAGAGCUAAUCUGAAGCAGGUCAAGAAAGAGGUCAAAGAGGAGCCCACUGAAGCGGUUGGCGACUGGCGUAAGAACAUUGAGGAUAAAGCUGACAGGAAAAAGAUGUUCGAGACUUCCUAAACACCAGAAUGACAAACGCACAGAGGGGGUGGGGGCAUAGCUGAGGUCUGAGUGACUGGAUUUCACUGUCUGGAGACAUUUUUUUAAAUUAAGGACUGGACUGAGUCAUCUAUAUGCAUAGUACUAGAACCAAAGACAACAUAACCUUACAUCUAUGUACAUAUUCAUGAAAACAUUAAAAAAUAAAUGAUUUGAAGUAACACCUAUUUUUAUCUAUUUUUUUCUAUCACAAUUUAA